AUGUCUGAAAAAUCAGCAACCUUAGAGGAUAUUUUAAGUGAAAUAGUUAAAACUAGAGAAGAUCUUAAUACUCAAAUAGUUCAAGUUAGGUCAGAUAUUAAGAGCAGCUUAGAAGCGAGUGAAGCGCGAAUAUUAUUUAAAACUGAAAACCUAAAAGAGCGUAUCAAAGAACUCGAAAAAGAAAAUUUAGGAUUACGAGAUCAAGUGGAGGUACUCGAAAGAAAUCAAAAGAAAAAUACCAUUCUGAUAUUUGGCUUAAAUAAACCCGUGGAAGAGCGAUCCAUUAGUCUAUUCUGUGACGAGAUAGGGAAUUUGCUUGAUAUACAAAUUUCAGAAGCGGAUAUAAAAGAUUUCUACUCAUUAGGAAAAUUACCUGAGAGCCCCCUUAAAGUAGAAUUAUUGACAAACCAUAAAAAAAGAUUAAUUUUACAAAAUACGAAAAAAUUGAAGAACACCGGAUGGAUUAUCGCGAAUGAUUUAACUGAAUUACAAAGAAACAAUAUUAAAUAUCUUCGUGAGCGAAUGAACUGUUAUAGAGAAACUAAUUCAGAAAAGUGCUAUAUCAGGGGCGAGAAACUUUUUAUUGGAAAUAAAGGAUAUUCUGUUGAUGAGUUGGAGGAUUUCGAAACUACAGCAAAUACAACUUCUCAUAGUGCGCCAGCGACCCCCACUCCUGAAAACCUUCCUGAUGCUAGCGUCACACGAGAAUUGGAUAAAGUUCAAGAAAACGAUUCAUAUAAAAAUCCAAACUUAGCACAAGGACCUGGAUCUAAAAAUAAUAAAAAAAUCCAACAAUUACCCAAAACGAAUCUAAAAGUUUUGUCAAACAUUAAAGGAUCACCUACAACCAAAAAUACUACAUCCAAACCAGUCGAUAUCAGGGAGAAACUAAGAAACAGAAACGGAUCUACCAACAAUCGAGACCACGAAAUUUUUUAUCUUAGGCAAACCCUUGUCAACAAAGAACUGCAGUGUUCAAGAAUGGUUGGAGUGAGGGGUGAUAGGAUAGUUGAAUUGGAAAAAGUUAUGGAAAUCGUCAAGAAUAAUUUUACCAGUUGUACCCAUAAUUUAACAAAAAUGGGGAAAGAAAAGAUGGUAAUUUUAAAUAAUUUAAAUAACGUCGAGGACGAAAACGCUGACUUACACGACAAUAUUGGCAGAUUUAGAAGUAUAAAUAACGUCUUGAGAAAGAGAAUUAAACUAUGGAAGAAGCGCGUUGAAAGAUGUAGGAAUAAGAAAAAUAAUAAAUAA